UGGGGAGCAGACAGACACAGCGGAAUCGGACAGAGAGAGACAGAGGAGAGCGAGGGAGCCGUGGGGAGGCAGAGACGGAGGACAGGAAAGGAGAUUCAGAGAAAGCAGCAGGAGGCCGGGAGCAGAGACGGGCAGAGACAGGAGGACGGAUUUGAGACGCGGAGACAGGGCAGCGCGAGAGACAUGAAGACAUACAGACAGAGACAGACAAAUGCCGGGAGGUGACCCCCAAGAGCGCGGGACGCCCUGGGAGUCGGCAGACACCCGGGCAUCCCGACAGAAGGGCUCCGGGAGGGAAACUGAGGCAGAGAGCCCGAGGAGGUGAGCGCAAGUCCCGAACGCCGACCACCCAGGCAGGGGGAGGAGAGAAAGAGAGACAGUGGUGCAGACAGGAACGGGAGAGCCAGACAGAUGCGGACCGACGGACAGACAGCAGCCGGGGAGGGCCCGGGGGGCGGGCUGGGGGUGUGAUGCGGGAGCGGGGCGGCCCGGGGGGCGCUGAUUGGCUGGCGGGCGCGGGGGUGGGCGGGGCGGCUGGGGGAUGGGCUGCCGGAGAACCAGCGGGCCGGAGCCCCCGGGGAGCGCGCCGCCGCCGGGUCCCUGUCCGCCUCCCGCGUCCCCGCUGCGCCCCCGUCUCUGCGUCCCUCCGCCCAGGUGUUUGCUGCCUGGUCCUGGUCGCUCUGAGCCUGUGGCCGGAUAGAGCUGCUGCCCCGGGGCCACCGCCGGGCCCCCCACGGGCCUCCCCAGACCCUCGGGCCGAGCUGGACAGCGCCGUCCUCCUGACCCGCUCUCUCCUGGCGGACACUCGACAGCUUGCUGCUCAGCUGAGAGACAAAUUUCCAGCCGACGGAGACCACAACCUGGACUCUCUUCCCACCUUGGCCAUGAGUGCAGGGGCGCUGGGAGCCCUACAGCUCCCAGGUGUGCUGACGCGGCUGCGGGCAGACCUGUUCUCCUACCUGCGGCACGUGCAGUGGCUGCGGCGGGCGGGCGGCCCUUCCUUGCGGACCCUGGAGCCGGAGCUGGGUGCCCUGCAGGCCCGGCUGGACAGACUGCUGCGCCGGCUGCAGCUCCUGAUGUCCCGCCUGGCCUUACCCCAAGCACCCCCAGACCCACCAGCUCCCCCACUGGCCCCCCCAGCCUCCGCCUGGGGAGGCAUCAGGGCAGCCCAUGCCAUUCUUGGGGGGUUGCACCUGACCCUUGACUGGGCCGUGCGGGGCUUGCUGCUGCUGAAGACUCGGUUGUGACCAGCUACACAGAACCGCCAACAUCCUUCGAUGCCACAUCUUAUUUAUUUAUUUAUUUGGGGACUAGGGGCAUGGAGGUCAGGAGAUACCCCCCUCUUCUUCUCCCCCUAAUUAGAGACGGUCCCUUCAGGAGACCUGGGCAGAAGAGGGGGGGACAUCUGUGCCUUAUUU